AAAACCGCGUCCAACGACAUCACCCUCAUUUUCAUCCCCCACACAAUCUCCCCUUCCCAAGCCUGCAACCUUGCAACUCUCUCUUCUGAGACACACCCAUUGCUCCCGAGCCCUUUUGACUUUGCCUGGACCCGCCUGGUGUCAACCUCCACGAUUUCUCAUCACCAUGGCUCGUCGCCGAUCUGCACGCCUGGCCAGCGGCGCCAAGCCCGAACCCAUCGCGCCCCCGCCCGCCACCCUCGAGUCCGUUGCUGAACGCGAGGAGAGUCCUGUCAAUGAGCCUGCUCAGAGUCUCAAUGCCAUCAUGUCCUCGCCCGCAAACAACCCCCGAACCCCGUCUACAAAGUCCGUCGUGAAGCCGCCAAUGUCCGAGAUGCACCCCAGCAAAGCUCACCCCACCAUGGCCGCCCCGUCAUCCGCCCUGCGGCUCGGUUUCACUGACAUCAGGCCCACCGCCUCCAACAAGCCUGGCUCUGCUGUCCUGCUGUCCACGCCCUCCAAGACCCCCGCCUCGUCCUCCCAAUAUCCUUUGCUGCCCUCCGUCCCCAGCACAACAGACUCAACCCUGAGUCCUCAGGCCAAGCUCAUCAUGAGUGAGGUCCGCGAGCAGGCUGCCAAACACAAGGCUGCUCUCAUGGCUGAGCGCGAGAAACAGCGCGCCGAGGAGGAACAGGUCAACGCCCGCAAGAUCGCCCAGCCGAAAGGCCGCGCUGGUCGUUACUCCGCAAUUCACAUGGCCGAGUUCAAGAAGAUGGACUCCAUCGAGAACCAUCCCUCUGCUUUCCGGGCUAGCAAACACGCCUCUGUCGCUGCGCCCAAGAAGGGCAUCAAGCGCUCGCAGUCGAAAGCAAACAUCGACGACGCUGAAUCCGCACGCGUCCAAACUCCCGUCAAGCCCACAUCAUCCAGGUCGUCCAAGAAGGUCCACACGCCUGUGUGUGACCCAGAUUCUCCCGCCAAGCGGACCAAGCAGGCUGCCGACGAUGAUGCUUCUACCAAUCGGCCCAUUUCCAGAGACGGCAGCAACAUCCCUCGUCCUCCGAGGACACCUGGCAAGGGCCCUCAUGGCAUACUCCUUGCCAAGUCCACCAUUAAGAACAUCAUGUCUCCAACCCAGGCGUCUCUUGCACGCGCAGCUUCGAUCAAGACCCCGACCACAGCUCGGUCGAUGCUCAGGUCACCUUCAAAGAUCCCCAUGACAGGUUUGAAGAAGUCUGCAACUGUUGGCGAUCUCGGCACAAUCAGUGAUGCGAAGGAGGCAGAACCGGCCGUGAUGCGAAGCCCAAGUCGGUUUGAUAAGGUCAAAUCCAUGUUCGCCAAGCACAAGGGAGACGGCUCUGCGCGACAGGCUGGCAUUCCCAGGCCCACUGUGGGAAUCUCAAAGACACCGGCUCCUGUGCGCGCACAGAACGAACUCCCUCCUGCUCCCCAGACCACUCCGGGCAAGAACAGCCUCAGGGCCGGUCAGUUCACUCCUGCUCCCAAGCAUGCUGCUUUAGCGCAGAACUCUCCCUCUCCUGUCAAGUCUGGCAUACCUCGCGCUAAGACCGCCACCAACCUGGUCAAUUACCCGUCUCUGGACUCUGUGAUGACGAAUGCCACUGCGGAUCAUGUCUCGUACCCCGACCUGUCGGGCUUCCGACCACUGCCCGAGCCUCCGGCGGAGAGUAAGUCCGACUCGGUGGAUGACGAGGUGUCUGAAGGGCCGGAGCGAGCUCCAGUGUCGGUUCCUGGCACCUUCACCUUCCGCAGUGACCACACCAUCAAUUUUGGCGGCUCUUCCCCCAAGGGAUUUGGUGGCCGCUCAGGACAGUCUAGUGUGCGACAUGUCCGCCCUUCAAUGAUGCCAGUCGUCCCCGGUGCGUUCCCAUCUUCGGACAUGCCCGCGACGGCAGCUCCGAAGGGCAAGGAGAACAUGCCGCCCUAUCUUCAGCAGAGCCCCUUCGACAUGAAGGCUUUCCCGCAUGGUGUGGGUAAUAGGAAACGCCUUCGUGUAGAGGAUGAUGAGGAAGAGGCAGACAGGGAGGCAGCUGAGCGCGCGCUGAAGAAGAUGAAGGCCGCUGAUGUACCCGAGGGUGAUGCUCUGGUCGCUCCCAGGCUGGCAUCUGCCCAAAAGCCGCGUGUCACAAGUACAAGCAAGACUGUGAUGAAGACACCCGCCAGGUCUGCAGCCAAGGCGAGGGCCCCAGCCACUACUCCUGGUGGUCGCAAGCGCGUGGGGCUCAGCAUGAGCAGGCUAGCCUACCUGGCGACCCCGAAGCAGCGCAAGUGAGGCGCGAAUUAAGUCUCGAGUCGGGCGAUGAGAUUGCGACCAGUGCUGCCGCAGCGGAUGAUGCGGCUGGAACAGACCAGGGCGAACCGCUGCUUGAGGCAUAAUUGCAUUUGGAGUUGUACAUGUUUGUGUCGGCUUUGUUGGUUCAAUAUUGGAUUUUCGACCUUGGACAUAAGGCAUCGGUCGAGUCACAACUGGCUCAUUUGAGGGCGAUUGGAAGCCCGGGGCACCGAGCGGCCUCAGCAGAGCUGACGUACAUGCCACCUUGAUGUCUCGACUCUAUGGUUCAUCUUCAGGUGUGUGCUUGCUUGGGGCCAAGGCUAUGCUUACCCGUCUGGCGGCAUUGCAUCCAAUUGUUGAUGUUGGACUGGGAGUAUACUGUACAUUACAGUCAUUGUCUGUUUUCCGGAAUCCUUUAUGAUGGAGUUUCGAGCUGGUCAGGAAAAGGGGUUGCCUUGAGGAGCAUAUUACGGACGUGUGGCGUUAUACUUGUUUUUAGUCCUCGCUUUGAGGAGGCACAGCAAUGUGGACAGACAGGACCAGAUUGCAUGAAUGAAUAGAUUCAAAUUCUACUUGA